ACCCCGCAGUCACUGAAGCACAUGGCGGACAGACACAAGAGAAAAACAAACCCAUUGAAAAACCAGCCACACACAAUUAACAGGCCCUCACACCUGCUACACCUGCCACACACCUGCCAAGUGGGGGGGCAGGUGCAGUGGGGAGCGGCGCGCCCUAGGGAAGUAAAAAACAACCUCAUCCUGCCCCACAAGAGCUGGAAAUAAGGAAGAAGAGGAGGAGGACGUCGGGAGGAAGAGGAGGAGGAGGAGAAGAAGAAGAAGAGGGUAUAGGAAAGAAGAAGAAGAGAAGAGGAAAUUGAAAGAAGAAGAGAAGACAUAGCAAGAAAGAAGAAGAGGAUAUAGAAAGGAGGAAGAAGAGAAGAUUUGAGGAAGACAAGUAAAAUUAGAAGGAAUAAGGAAGAGAGAGAGAGAGAAGAAGAAGAGGAAGAAAAUGAAAAUGGAAGAAGAUUGAGACGAAGGAAAAAGUGAUAAAGUGAAGAAUAAGAGAGAGAGAGAGAGAGAGAGAGAGAGAGAGCAACAAAAAAAGAUUAACAAAACUUAAAGAAAAUAGAAAAAAGAAGAAAAACUCACGCAAAACACAUCAACACCACAACCACCACCACCACCACCACACAUCACCACAAUGAAGGAACAGUACAGAGAGACCGAUGUGGUGCGGAACAUCACCAACAUACAAUUUGGUGUCCUCUCAGCCCAGGACAUGCAGCAAAUGAGUCAUGCCCAUGUGGUGUCCUCAGAACUGUACACCGCCCCCGCCAUCACCCGCCAGCCUGCCCCCCACGGCGUUCUGGACCUGCGGAUGGGCACUAGCCAAAAGGACAUGGCUUGUGAGACGUGCUCCAAGAAUCUGACAGACUGCACAGGUCAUUAUGGCUUCCUUGACCUGGCGCGACCUGUCUUCCAUGUCGGCUACUUCAAAAACACUGUUCACAUCCUCCAGAACAUUUGCAAGACCUGCUCCCAUGUACUACUGAAGGUGAAGGACAAGCCAGGGAUGUGUGAGCAGGCCAAGCGUAUUACGUCCUACCUACAGAAGAAAGCGCUCUACAAACGUGUUAAUGAGCUGUGCAAGAAGGUGUCUCUGUGUCCCAACUGUGGUGCGACAAACGGGGUGGUCAAACGUCUCCCUCCGCUGAAAAUUGUCCAUGAGAGAUUUCGGAACGUCAAGAAGGGAGAUCCUGUUUUAACCGAGUACUUUGCUCAGUUUGACACAGCUCUGGAGUACAACAAGGAGCUGGAAUCCCAUCUCUCCUCUAAUGUGGUGGAGUUUUUGAACCCAAGCCAAGUGUUGGAUCUAUUUGAGAAGAUCCCGUACUGUGACCUGCCGCUGCUGUGUAUGAACCAGCAGUUUUCUCACCCUAAGGACCUCAUUCUCACCCGGCUGCUGGCCCCAAACUGCAUCAGGCCCUCCGUCAUCUCAGAGCUCAAGUCUGGAACGAACGAGGACGACAUCACAGUAAUGCUGACGGAGAUAAUUUUCCUGAACAACCUGAUCAACAAACGCAGCGCUGGUAAGGUCCAGAGCAUCCAGGAUUCUUGGGAACACCUUCAGCUCCAUGUGGCUUUCAUCAUCAACUCCGAGAUUUCUGUGCCUCUCGACCUCAGCAUGGCCAGGAAGUCGACUCGUGGGUUCGUGCAGCGGCUGAAGGGCAAACAGGGGCGUUUCCGUGGCAACCUGUCUGGAAAAAGGGUUGACUUCUCCAGCAGGACUGUCAUUUCUCCCGACCCAAAUCUGCGGAUCAAUGAGGUAGGCGUUCCCAUUGAGGUGGCCAAGCAGUUGACUUACCCGGAGAGAAUCACAGCUCACAAUUUGGCCCUAAUGCGUCAGCUGGUGAGGAAUGGCCCUGAUCGACACCCUGGGGCAAUGUUCCUGGAGCCAAGGACGUCUCCAGGGCUUAAAAAAUCCCUGAGAUAUGUAAACAGGGAAAGAACAGCCAUGGAACUGAGGCACGGCGAUGUGGUGGAGAGACACUUAAUGGAUGGGGACAUAGUGCUAUACAAUCGUCAGCCGUCCCUCCACAAGAUGUCCAUUAUGUCCCAUCGUGUCCGAGUCCUCCCCUGGCGCACGUUUCGCUUCAAUGAGUGUGUGUGUGCCCCUUACAACGCUGACUUCGAUGGUGACGAGAUGAACCUUCACGUGCCGCAGACUGAGGAGGCGCGCGCUGAGGCUCUCACUCUCAUGGCGGUCACAUCAAAUCUCAUCACACCUCGCCACGGAGCUCUGAUCGUUGGCGCCACACAAGAUUUCCUCACUGGGUCCUAUUUACUGACUCAAAAGGAUGUGUUUUUCGACCGCGAGCACACUUGUCACCUCAUUUCCUCCAUUCUGGCUGGGAAGGAGGCAAACUACAAGAUUGACCUGCCCCCGCCUGCCAUUCUGAAGCCACAGCAGCUCUGGACGGGAAAGCAAGUGUUCAGUGCAAUAAUCCGUCCCAGCAAGGCAUUCCCCGUUGAAGUGAACCUGACUGCCCGUCGCAAAGACUACACAAGAGGCGAGGAACUGUGCUCUAAUGAAGCGUGGGUCGUCAUGCGGAACUCACAGCUCCUGGCGGGGGCUCUCGACAAGUCUCUCCUGGGUUCGGGCUCAAAGAAGAACCUGUUUUAUGUGAUACUGAAGGAUUAUGGGAAGGAACAUGCAGCAGAUGCGAUGUGGAGAGUGGCCAGAGUGUCGACGCUCUUCCUCAUGAAUCAUGGGUUCUCCAUCGGCAUUGGAGAUGUCAUGCCUGGUGCCGGACUGCUGGCUAGGAAACGAGAGCUGCUGCAGGAUGGGUACGGCAAAUGUGACGAGUUUAUAUCACAGCUGAAGGAAGGAACACUGCACUGCCAGCCAGGAUGCAGCGCUGAGGAGACCCUGGAGCAGCUAAUCCUUAAAGAACUGAGUACCAUUAGGGACAAGGCAGGGAAGGCAUGCGUUAUGGAGCUCCACAAGACCAACGCAGCCCUCAUCAUGGCCAUUUCUGGUUCCAAGGGGUCGUUUAUUAAUAUCUCACAGAUGAUUGCCUGUGUGGGUCAGCAGGCUAUUGGCGGGAAGAGAGUGCCUAAUGGGUUUGAGGAUAGAGCAUUGCCACAUUAUGAAAGACACUCAAAGAUCCCGGCAGCUAAGGGGUUCGUGAGCAACAGUUUCUUCUCCGGCAUGACACCUACAGAAUUCAUUUUCCACACCAUGGCGGGCAGGGAGGGGCUGGUGGACACUGCAGUUAAGACAGCAGAGACCGGCUACAUGCAGAGGCGACUUGUCAAGAGCCUGGAGGAUCUGUAUGUUGCCUAUGAUAUGACUGUUCGUAAUUCCAUGCAAGAUAUUAUACAGUUCAAAUAUGGCGGAGACGGCCUGGACCCCUCUGAAAUGGAAGGCACAACAGGUCCCAUAGACUUAGAGAGAGUCCUGGACCAUAUUCGAGCCAAGAGUCCCUUCCCGGAGGAGGACCCUUUGACCGGUGCUGAAAUCCUGCAGCUGGCCACCAAGUAUCUGUCGGAGGAUGCCUUCAAGGAACUCUCCGCGGAAUUUAAGGCCGAGCUCAAGAGUUUUAUGGAGAGGUUUUCAAAGAGGGUGGAUAAGAUCCGCUCCAGACUGACCAGCACCACUACCACCACCACCGCUACCACCAGCACCACCACCACCACCACCAAGGCACCACCCAGGGCACCAGUAGAGAAGCACAUUGAGAGACUUACCUUCACACAGCUCAUCGACUUCCUCAAUUCUUGCCUGGACCGCUACCAGGCUGCUGUGGUGGAGCCGGGCACAGCGGUGGGUGCCCUGUGUGCCCAGAGCAUCGGGGAACCUGGCACUCAGAUGACACUCAAGACGUUUCACUUCGCUGGUGUGGCGGCAAUGAAUAUUACCCUCGGAGUGCCGCGCAUUCUGGAGAUCAUCAACGCAUCUCACAGCAUCUCAACACCGAUCAUCACUGCUAAGCUUAAAGAGGACAGUGACCCAGAGAAGGCAAGGCAGGUGAAGGGAAGGAUUGAGAAAACACUGUUGGGGGAAGUUUGUGAGUAUGUUGAAGAGGUGUUUCUGCCUGAUGACUGCUUCCUCCUCCUCAAACUGGCCGUGGAUCGCAUCAGACUGUUGAAAUUAGAAGUCGAUGCUUAUUCGAUCAAGUACGCUAUCUGUGUGUCCAAGCUCAAGGUGAAGGACGGUGAUGUGCGGGUUGAAUCGGACACCAUCAUCACCGUGAGGCCUUCUCGCACCAAGAGCUCUGCCAUGUACUACCAGCUGCAACACCUCCGCCAGCACAUCACCAAGGUCAUCAUAAAGGGCCUGCCGUCGGUCAACCGUGCCGUCAUCAACCAGAGCGACACUGGGCCAGGAGGCAAGCAGAAAUAUGAACUGCUUGUAGAAGGAGACAAUUUAAGAGAAGUAAUGGCAACUUACAGUGUUGACGGGACACGCUGUACUUCCAACAAUACAUACGAAGUGUUUACCUGCCUGGGCAUUGAAGCAGCAAGGGCCACGAUCAUCCACGAGAUCACAGUGACCAUGGAGACGCACGGGCUGAGUGUGGAUAAACGGCAUGUGAUGUUACUGGCGGAUUUGAUGACAUGCAGGGGACAGGUUCUGGGCAUAACUCGCCAUGGCUUGUCCAAGAUGAAGGAGAGUGUGUUGAUGCUGGCUUCGUUUGAGAAGACAGCCGACCACCUGUUUGACGCAGCUUACCAUGGGCAGAGCAACCCCAUCAAGGGAGUGAGUGACUGCAUCAUCAUGGGAAAGCCAAUGAACAUCGGCACUGGGGUGUUUAAGUUGGUUCACCACCACCACCGGGAGACGAGACCUCCUCCAAGGAAACUCAUAUUUGAUCACCCAGAAAUGCAUGUCCCUCUCUCUCUCUCCUGGUCGUGAGAGGGAGAGGGGAUGUAGGUUUAUGUGCCCUGCCCCCUCUCCCUCUCUCUUGAUUGUGAGAGGGAGUGGGGAGUGUUAUUGCAAGUGUUUUAUUUAUUUAUUUAUUUGUUUCCCAGUUCUAAAUCAUGAGAAUGUUAGGUUUGGUGGUGUGUGUGUGUGUGAAGAGAGCUGUGUUCUGAGGGAAGGCUGUGGCUGUGACUAUGCCCUGCUGCUGUGAGAUGCAAAGGUAAGGUCACAGCUGCCCCCAAUAAGUCCACAGCUCUCCAGGAACCAGUGCUGUUAUAUCUCGCUGGGAGUAAAUUUGCGUUUUGGUAUGUGUCUAAUAUCUCUCUCUCUCUCUCUCUCUCUCUCUCUCUCUCUCUCUCUCUCUCUCUCUCUCUCUCUCUCUCUCUCUCUCUCUCUCUCUCUCUCUCUCUCUCUCUCUCUCUCUCUCUCUCUCUCUCUCUCUCUCUCUCUCUCUCUCUCUCUCUCUCUCUUAGGUGUGAGAGGGAGUGGUUAGUGAGAAUCCGUGUUGUUAUUAUUGUUAUUAUUAUUAUUGCUAUUUUCCGUGUGUGUGUGUGUGUGUGUGUGUGUGUGUGUGUGUGUGUGUGUGUGAAAACCACAUCCCAGUUUUGUAAGAAUGAGUUGAAUCUUCCUGCAUUGUUGGAAGAGAAAGACUGCGAUGAGUCUGUUGUUAUGAAGACAAUGGAUGU